GCACAUAUAUAUGUAUGUUUAAUUACACUAGAUUACAGUCUUGAACUUUUUGUCUGUUGCCGCGAAUUCUGCGAUUGAUAUUGUUCACUCAUUACUUGUUUUUGUCAAAUCUACCCUCAAAAAUUUUUGAGCUGCUCGAGUUAUCAUUUAAGCAUAUAGUAAGUAUAGCAAGGUGUUUGCGAACUUAUAGCAUGCGAUUUAUUUCAAUUUAUUUUUUUUUGUUUAUUUUUUAUUGUUGUUUAAAGGAAAACAUACAUGGUCCUUCGAGAUGCGUAAAUAUGCUAUCAAUUAUAUGUUAAAUGUUUAAAGUUAGACAUUAAGGAUAGUAAAAAUUAAGUUUAAUAUAGUUUCAAACCAAACCGAAAUCUCCUCAGAUGGUACCGAGCACGCUUAUUCAGAUCAGAACAAUUUCAGAUGUUCGCGUUAGCAUGACUUGGUACAGGGAUGCACCUCCUACAGCUUUGCGAAGGAAGAAAGGAUCUCUCAUCAAAUAUAGCAAGAGAUUUGCGAACUUAUAGCAUGUGAUUUAUUUCAAUUUAUCGCAUGCGAGUUCAUAGCAUUUCAUUUGAGAAUUUUUGUUUAUUUUUUAUUGUUGUUUAAAGGCAAAGAUACAUGGUCCUUCGAGAUGCGUAAAUAUGCUAUCAAUUAUAUGUUAAAUAUUUAAAAAAUAGUUAUAAAGGAUAAUAGAUAAGAGUGAAUCGAGGUAGAGCAAGUCUUCGCUACGUUCGAGCACUAGCUCAAACAACCCCCAACAACAAGGUUGACUUGACCAAAGAGUAUAAGGAACCUGGACAACGAAGAAAAUGUAGAGUGAAGGGGUGGUCCAGAUUCAACGUAUCCUCAAUGGCGGCACACAAUUGGUUAUGUGCCGCCUUUUUUCUCAACCUCGACAUAUUUGGUCCAUCGAGAUGCGGAAAUACAGUAGAUAUCGGUUAUAUGACGAACCGCUUGUAUGCAAAUUUUGGUUAUAUGCAAAAUUUUCAUAUUUCAACGCAUUAUAGAACGUUUUAUUAUAUGAAUUUGGUUGUUUGAAUGCAAAUCGUUUAUAAGCAAAUAUCGCAUUUAUGCAAAAAAAUUUCAGCAAAAUUGAAUCGUUACGUACAAAUUUUAAUCUGUUUUAAGCAAAUUUUCCAACACUGAAACACUAAAUUUAUUCUAUCGAUUUAUCGAUUGUCAAACAUAUGAUUUUGUGUUACACUUGUUACAAUGUCGCGUCGUGUUGUGUUAACAGCGAAACAAAAAAUUGCGGUUUUAAACGAUUUAAAGACUUCCAAAGACCGAAAAACCAUUGCUGCUAAAUAUAAAGUUAGCUUAAGCACUAUAUCGCGCAUUCAAAUCCAAGAGAACAAAAUCCGCGCCAUAACAAAUCCCAAUAGGAAACGGGAUAGGAAAGGCGCACACGUGAAUUUGGACAGAACCUUGUUGUCCUGGUUUAACCAAAUCCGGUCCCAAAAUGGAAUUGUUACCGGACCUGUCUUGCUUUCUAAAGCACAGGAAUUUGCGUUAAAAUUAAACGAAAGUUAUGUGCCAGACCGUAGUUGGUUGCAGCGUUGGUGCGGGCGAAAUGCCCUUAACUUCUCCAAGAUUUACGGAGAAGCUGGCGAAAAUAACGCAACAAGUGCAGAAGUUUUCACUACUAACCGUUUGCCUCAUAUUAUUGAAAAAUUUUCGCCGGAUUGUAUAUUUAAUGCCGAUGAAACCGGGCUGUACUACAAGGCGUUGCCAAAUGGAAGUUACAAAGGCAAGUAUGAGAAUCCAAAGGGAUUCAAAACUCAAAAGCAACGCCUCACAUUUCUGUUUCUAUGCAAUGCAACCGGCACGUAUAAACGUGCAUAUUGCAUUGGAAAGUCGGCUAAACCACGGUCUUUUAAAGGAAAACAGCUACCGCUGCCAUAUUAUAAUAAUAGAAGUGCUUGGAUGACGAGUGUUAUUUGGAAAAAGAUUCUAAUAGAUCUCAAUCAAAAUCUUGAAAAAGAUAACAAGCAGAUAUGUUUGAUUGUUGAUAAUGCUCCUUGCCACAAUACAGAUGAGAAAUUCUCAAACAUUACGAUUGAAUUUUUGCCACCAAAUACAACUGCCCUUAUACAGCCACUUGAUCAAGGUAUCAUCCACUCCUUUAAAAUGGAAUAUCGACAAAUACUAAUAAAAAAACAAAUUUGUGCGUUGGAGAAGGGCUUAUCUAUAGUUGAAUUCCUGAAAUCGCUCACUAUUUUGGAUGGUAUCAAUUAUGCAAAUCGCGCUUGGAACCUUGUUAAGCAGCAAACAAUUAGUAAUUGUUUCAAAAAGGCAGGCAUUGACAACAUUCAAUUCAUUACAGAUGAGAUUGCAGCCACAGAAGGCGAAAACUAUGAAUGGUGCACACUCGAUAAUGAAUACAUUCAAUGCGAUAAUGAACUUGUCUGCUUUGGAACCAUGUCGGACGAGGAUAUUGUUGCGGACGUAUUGGCCGUCAAUCAAAAUUCUACUGAAGAUGAGGAAGUGUUCGCGCAAUCUGAGGCUUGUAUUAACUCAGUUAACCCCAGCGUGACCAUAUGGUCACGCAAGAAACGUUUAAACACACAAGAGGUUAUUUACUAUCUAAAUGACUUUUGUGAUAGCGAUGAAGAAGAUUCGCCCGCUGCUCUAUAUAUCUUACCUCCGGACAACGAAAAUGGUGGAAUCAGUGGAGAAGAUGAUGGUGAUGAAGACGACGUAGGUAAGCCAGAGGAUAUAUGUGUUGGUCAAUUGAAGGCACCUUGUGAGUUAGUGAUGAGCAGUGGUAAAAGGGUUUUAACGAUUGAUAAUGAUGAUGAGGAGGAUGACUUGGAAGUUGCUGAUUCUGUGUUGAUCGACAUAUUAGAAAACUCUACUCAGAACUUGCAAACUAAUUUGUUAGAGGAACAGGGCGAAAUAUCAAUAGAACCGUCCUCAUCACAACCUGAAACGUAUGUCAGCGGCUUACGAAAAGUGAAACCUACACCGUCUUCAGUGCCACCGCCACUGUUACGUAAGGAAUCACAUUUUACGUGGGUAGAAGAUAACUCGGACGGAUUGAUCCCCAUUUUCCCUUCACGAAAUUUUGAAGACUGUAAGGUGAAGCCUCAUGAGCAACUUGAAAAGUUUUUUGACGAUGAACUCAUAGAGCACAUUAUAAACGAAUCGCGAAGAUAUGCAAUUUUUCUUGGUAAACCAAAUCCUCAAAUUACCAGUGCGGAGCUUAAAGUUUUCAUAGCCAUCUUGUUGGUCAGUGGAUACAAUGGUCGAACAAUUGAAAGUGCGAAGCGAUCAGGGGCAUCAACGGAUGCUAUUCCAACUCCAAAAGCAUGGUACUUUGAAGAGAUGAUGUUCAUCAAAGACCAAAUGGCCAUAGCGGCAACUGAUAGUACAGAGUGGAAGCUAAUCUUCUCGGAUGUGGAAAGUUUAGUUGAUUCUCUGAAAGCUUUCUCCAGAAUACAGUUUUCUUCAUCACUCCACAAUCUGAUACUCUUCCAUUGGCACCAACGUCAAUCAUCAUGA